CAGGCGGCGGCUCUCAAUUCUUGCUGAGGACAGCCUCAACGUAAAGGGGUUUAUGGCGGAAGUACUGGACGUUUAGCUAACUAGCUCGGCUAUCUCAUCCAAACAAUAGCUGCAAAUGCCCACCGGUACUGCGUUUAUAGCUAAAAGUCGUUAUAAUAAUUUCAGCAAGAUAUUUACAGCAUAGAAAACGUCCAGCAUCGCUACCUGGUUGUGGUGAAUUUAAGUCAAGUAUAAGUAUAUUUACCAGAUAUGUGAUAGCGUUAGCCAUUAGCUGGGAUCACCAUCGUUAAACAGCAACGUGCACGAAAUGAAUGAGCGCGCGUGACGGAAAACCCUUCAUUGACAUUUGACAGUUUGACAUUAAACAGCAUAUAAGGAUGUCGACGGGGGCUGAUGUUCGAGAUAUUCUUGAGCUGGGUGGAGGGGAAAAUGACGGUCCUAUUAGCAAGAAAGACCUCAUCAACUCGGAUAAGAAAAAGACAAAGAAGGCAACGGAGACGCUGACUUUCAAGAGACCAGAGGGAAUGCACAGAGAAGUCUAUGCCCUGCUCUACUCUGACAAGAAAGACGCACCUCCCCUGCUGCCCAGUGAUACCACUCAGGGGUACAGGACUGUCAAAGCCAAGCUGGGCUGUAAAAAGGUUCGUCCAUGGAAGUGGACGCCCUUCACAAAUCCAGCCCGCAGGGACGGGGCCAUAUUCCACCACUGGAGACGUGUGGCGGAGGAGGGCAAGGAUUACCCCUUCGCUCGCUUCAACAAGACAGUGCAGGUGCCGGUGUACUCAGAGCAGGAGUAUCAGAUGUAUCUCCAUGACGACGGCUGGACCAAAGCAGAGACGGACCACCUGUUUGACCUGUGCAAGCGUUUCGACCUGCGCUUCGUGGUCGUCCACGACCGCUACGACUACCAGCAAUACAGAAAACGCUCCGUGGAAGACCUGAAGGAAAGAUACUACAGCAUUUGUGGUAAGCUGGCCAAGGUCCGGGCAGCGACUGGCACAGAACCCAAGAUCUACAUCUUUGAUGCCGCGCACGAGAGGCGUCGCAAAGAGCAGCUGGAGAAGCUCUUCAACCGCACGCCCGAACAAGUGGCAGAAGAGGAGUACCUUAUCCAGGAGCUGAGGAAGAUCGAGAACAGGAAGAAGGAGCGCGAGAAAAAGGCCCAGGAUCUGCAGAAACUGAUUAAAGCAGCCGACACCACGACAGAGUUGAGGCGAGCGGAAAAGAGGGUCUCCAAAAAGAAGCUCCCACAAAAGAGAGAGACGGAAAAACCGGCUGUCCCGGAGACGGCUGGCAUCAAAUUCCCAGACUUUAAAUCAGCGGGCGUCACACUCCGCAGUCAGAGGAUGAAGCUGCCAAGCUCGGUUGGCCAGAAAAAGAUCAAGGCCUUUGAGCAGAUCCUGGUGGAGCAAGGAGUGGACCUCAACCCCAUGCCCACCGAGGAAAUCGUCCAGAUGUUCAACGAGCUGCGCAGCGACCUGGUGCUGCUCUACGAGCUGAAGCAGGCCCACAGCAACUGCGAGUACGAGCAGCAGAUGCUGCGCCACCGCUACGAGGCCCUGCUGAAGGCCGGGGGGGCCGGCGGCUGCGUGGGGGGGGUCCCGGGGACGGGGGCCUCCGCCGCCGCCGCUCUGGCCCCGGGCGGGGAGCCCAACGCCACCAACAGCACCGCCACCUCCACGCUGGACGCCCAGCCGUGGCCCGGGGCCGACGACAUCAAGGUGGAGGCCAAGGAGCAGAUCAUCGACGUGGUGGGGGCGCCGCUCACCCCCAACUCGGUAGCGCAAGCGGAGAGAGUCGGCCUCCAGCUCGUCCUCGGUGAAAAAGGUGAAGAAACCCUGGGGGGGGCGGCGGCCCCCCCCCCCCCCCCCCGAGGACCAGAGACCGCGUCGGCCAUUCCCACGGCGGGACGCCCGGGAUAG